AUGUGCGAGGAGAAGAAGUUGGCCUUCGAUAAAGAAUCCCCAGUCCCGGCCCGCAACGGCAAGUCCACGCUCAGCUCGAAGACGAAGGAGCAGGAGCAGCGGAAGAGCGAGAAGGAGCGCAAGAAGAACGAGCGUAAGCAGGAGAGCAAGGCCGCCAAGACGCUGUCGGCCAUCUUGUUCGCCUUCAUCGUCACCUGGACGCCCUAUAAUG